AUGCACAGGUGUCGAUUCGGUAAGAAAUGGUUCGACUGUGUUGAGUGCCACCAAGAGCAAGAGAGCCAUCCGCUUCUGCAGAAGUUCGAGAUGACUUUCGCCUGCAAGAAGUGCAAGAAGUGCUUCCGAAAAGAUGCGCAAGAGUUUGAGGAAGCAGACGAGUACUGUCCCCACUGUGAUAAUCACUUUGUUCUCGAGGCUCUCACUCCCAAGCCCGCAAUCUCUAUCGAGGGCGAGGACGCUCGCAUGGAUAACAGGAUGUUGAGGGACGAUCGCGUAAAGGCUGAGAAGCAGAAGACAAUAUUCGAUCCGGAUGAGGAUGCCGACAAGCUGGGUUGA